AUGGAUGCCGUUACGCCAGCCGGCCACCGUCGCCGGCGAAGCAGUCUGAUUAAUCCCGCCAAUGCCUCAAAUAGUCGCCAUCGUUCUCCAGGAGCGAGGUCUCAGCCAAUCCGGACACCCGCCAGCGGGGACCCCGAGGACAAGAUUGUCGAAGAGAGCAGCGAUGGGGAGACUCCACGGCUCGACGACACCGACGAGGGUGGCUUUACCGACGAAGACCUCCACGAUGAUGAGGAGGCAGGCCUGACGGGGAAAGACAAGCGGAGGAAGAAGCGGAAGAAGAGGAGAAACCAGUUGCUCGAUCAGCGGGUAGUCAGUGACGACAUCUCCCCGGAGGAGAAGCACGAGGCAGACCGCAGCGUCGCCAAGAGCUUGUUGAUCAAUGGCGUUCUGAUCGGGCUCUGGUACUUCUUCUCUUUAUUGAUAUCCUUGUACAACAAAUGGAUGUUUUCACCCGACAAACUCGACUUUCGUUUUCCUAUGUUCACAACCGCCGUGCAUUUCCUCGUGCAGUUUUCAUUAGCGUCGUUGAUAUUGUUUAUUUUUCCUUCACUACGACCGAAGAACAGCUACAGGUCCGAUCUGGGCCAGUCAAGACAUGAAGCAGAACGGCCCAUCAUGACGAAGAUGUUCUACCUCACAAGAAUUGGGCCCUGCGGCGUGGCGACCGGUCUUGAUAUUGGCCUGGGAAACACUUCGCUCCAGUUCAUCACCCUCACCUUUUAUACCAUGUGUAAAUCCUCCUCCCUGGCCUUCGUCCUGAUCUUCGCCUUCCUCUUCCGCCUCGAAUCUCCGACCUGGAAGCUCGUAGGCAUUAUUGCCACCAUGACCAUGGGCGUCGUGAUGAUGGUGGCAGGCGAGGUCGAAUUUAAGCUAGGCGGCUUCGUGCUCGUCAUCGCGGCGGCCUUCUUCUCGGGCUUCCGCUGGGCCCUAACCCAGAUCCUGCUGCUCCGCAACCCGGCCACGUCGAACCCCUUCUCCAGCAUCUUCUUCCUCGCCCCCGUCAUGUUCCUCACCCUCGUCUGCAUCGCCAUCCCCGUCGAGGGGCCCCGCGAGCUGCUCGCCGGCCUGGAGACCAUCGCCGAGAAGAAUGGCCUGCUCGUCGCCCCGCUGAUCAUCCUCUUCCCGGGUGUCAUCGCCUUCUUGAUGACCGCCUCCGAGUUCGCCCUGCUCCAGCGCACCUCGGUCGUGACCCUCUCCAUCGCGGGCAUCUUCAAGGAGGCCGUUACCAUCUCGGCCGCCGCCAUUGUCUUUGGCGAUACCAUGACUGCCGUCAACAUUAUCGGCCUGGUCGUCACGAUCGCCGCCAUUGCGGCGUACAAUUGGAUCAAGAUCAACAAAAUGCGCAACGAGGCGCAGACCGACGUGCGCCGCGGUCACCUGGCUACCGAGGACGACGACAUGUCGCCGAGCGGCAGCGGCAGUGGGAGUGAUAGGGACGAUGACCAGGAGGACGCGGGUUUGCUGAGGCGGAGUGUGGAUGCCGACGCGGUGCUGUUCACCGCUGACGGGGAUGUCGUUGCCGGGCCGGGGGUGGAACUGACGACGGCGCCCGAGGCUGGGCGCGUGUCAGGGGAUGGGAGGACAGGUCGGGAUUGA